AUGUGGACGCGACGAUCCGAGCCCUUGCCUCCUCCGGACGGGUUCGGGCUUGCCAUACCCUCCACAAUCGGCAACAGCACCGGCUUUCCAAUGGCCGCCCCAGCGACAGGCGGCAUCGCUUACGUGUGCAGCAACGGUUCGACCUUGACCUCUUUGCUUCCUGGGCCCGGACAACUGCUCUCCACUCCCCAUCUCUCUGUGCCAACCUCAGCUUCUUCGCUGACGGCUCUCUCGUUUUCGCUUCCGCCUCAGUUGUCACAACAACAACAACAACAACAACAGCAGCAACAGCAUCAUCAUCAGCACCCUUUCUCCUGUCUACUCUCUGGACCCUCGGUUUCGCUUGCCUCUUCAAUUGGUCAAUCGACUGUGGCCGCAGCCGGAGCCGUGGCUGGCACCGGUUCCGGGCCCCCACCAGCACUCACUUCACCGUCUCUGUCGUCCACGACGGGCUCCGGCCUGCCUUCGAUGCUGCUUCAUGCUUCGCCGGUCGAGUCGGGCUCCCUUCAACUGCAUGCCCAACAGACAGGGCCUCAUCGUGCUUUGAUGCCGCCGCCGGUUGUGUCAAUUGGCUCGCUUUCGACGCCGUCACGUCUCUCGGCUUCUGUCGUCCAGGCCAGCUCUUCCGUCGGCCUCUCGAUGCCUCCGUCUCUGCCGGAAAUGCUCACCUCGCCAGGACUGGCGCCGGCUGUCUCUCUCGCCGAUUCCCUCGCUCUCUUGCCCCCAGCCGGGAUGAUCCACGAGGACAACUUCGCCCCUCCUUCCACCCUGCAACUGUCCUCUGGUCCGGCCUUCUCAAUUGCCCCGCCAAACCCCGGCAUGGCCAAUCUGAUUGGUGGCCUGCCUCCCACUCACGCACCACCACCGCACGCAUCGACCAGUUUUGGCAUGCACGAGAUUGGACUAUCCACAGCCACAUCACCGCCCUCAUUGGCCAAAGUCUCAGUCGCCUGCUCUGUCGGAUCACCGCACACCGUCGCAGCGCCCAUCUUCUACUCGGCCAACCCCAACGGCCUCCUCUUUGCCAGUCAAAGCCCGCAGGCCUUUUGC